CUGUUCAGUAAUGAUAAUGGUAACGAUGAAAGCUGGCGACCUUUACUUAUAAUCAUCCCGCUCAGGCUUGGCCUAACAACAUUCAACCAGUGUUACCAUCCGGCUAUUGAGGCUUAUUUUCAAAUGCCGCAGUGCACAGGUAUCAUUGGUGGUCGCCCAAAUCAUGCACUGUAUUUUGUUGGUAUUACCGAUGAUAAGGCUUAUUUUCAAAUGCCGCAAUGCACUGGUAUCAUUGGUGGUCGCCCAAAUCAUGCACUGUAUUUUGUUGGUAUUACCGAUAAUAAGUUACUUUAUCUCGAUCCUCAUUUCUGUCAGAACUUUGUCGAUUUGGGCCGAACUGAAGCAGGAAAAGGCGAUGGUGAUGAUGAGGAUUAUGAUGAAGAGAGUGUUUUCGAUGAUAACACGUACCACUGCCCCUAUAUUUUGAGUAUGCCAUACGAAAAAGUGGAUCCAUCACUGGCGCUUUCAUUCAUCUGUCCCACCGAGAAAGACUACAACGAUUUGAUAGAGCAACUACAAACGCGUUUGUUACCCGCUUCAAAGCCGCCACUCUUUGAACUGCUUGAAACGAGGCCAAAAAAUUUCCCUCCGUUUGUACCAUAUACUGGUGAAGUAGCGCAUAUACGAGAUUACACACAUAUUGGUGAUGCGGUUGACAGUUACGAUGAAUUUGAAAUACUUAGUGAAUAGAA